AUGGCUCGAAGAGGUUCAUCAACAACGGGGCGAGAGAGGAUCUUUGUCUUGUCGACCUACAUUACAAGAGACUCUGGGCUUAGCUCAUUGACCAUCUUACAGUCUAGUCGUGCCCGCGUUAUACGAUUCAGCGAAGUAGCUGCUACGGUUUCUUUUGUGGUAACAUCCACUCAUGAUAUUCGGCGUGUAAGCGUACGAGGCCUAAGCAGCAGCUCAGCCAGGGUCCGAUGCCCCCAAGGAUCCAUGAUCCUCGAGACCUGAGAACAUCAUGUUCCCGCGCACGAAAAACGUCAACCAUAAUCAAGUUCUGGUUGACUGGCGUGUUGGCCAGCUCCGAAUAUUAUUGGCUACUCGUUCUGAUCAGGAUCAUUCAAGUAGACGGAUUCCGGGGGGCCCAGCAGCAUUCUAUUGGAGUGCUGCCCCAGCCCCACGGCAAUCUCUUUGCCCGCAGGCAAGAAGACUGGGGUUUGAGACUUGCCAUGUGGUUUGGUAAGCAGCGAGCGAAAGGUCUAUUUUUGGUACCUUCCUUCGCGCGCCUAUCACAGCUUUGGAUGCAACGGCUCAUCCCGCACCUUUCAUCUUUAAUUCACAGCUCGCAUUCGGUUUCGGCCGCUUGUAUUCCGAUCCUCCUGAAGAAAAGUUCGAGCCGUGCUUGUGUUGCGGUGGAGAAUUCCUCAGAAUUAUGGCUAAUUACAACUGAAUAUUUUGGAUAUCACAGGUUCGCUGCGGUGAUGCCAGACCUGAAUAUGGCAUGAGAAGCAAUGCGGAUGAAUGCAUUCCCGAAAGAGAUAUGGAGAAUCUUACUGAGCCACAGCCACGAAGAAAGGGACCAGCUUCUAUCAAGCAUAAUACUAGUGGCUCAUCCUUGGUCCGCUCACUAAGUCGUGGAACGCGAGACCUAGCAGUCAGACCGUGCCGUACAAUGCCUCCUUCAGCUGCGGAAUCUCGCCAAGCUAGAGCUAGCCACACUAU